AUGUGGAUGAGCGGUCCUUCAUGGCUGAACAAUUCCGACAGCUGGCCGGAACAGAUUGUUGCUAAACCUUCUGAUGUGUCGGAGUCCGAAAGUCGCACAAUCAAGACCGUGAUGAAAGCUGCUGUUCAAAGAAAAUCAGAUGUCUUUGACGACCUUUUAGCGAAAACAACCCUAUGGAAAACU